GUUUUUCGCCAGACGGUUGGCUAGUCAGUGGGGAUUGUGACUCCAGCCUAGGCGGACGUGAGUGCUUAAGGCCAGCAUAAAGAUCGUGCGAAUUGAAAUCCAACUCCAAGCCUCAGAUAGGAAGACAGUGAAAUUCCAGUGAAUUUCAAUUUGCAUUUGUGCGGGAUCAUUAACAUGCACGGCUAAGAGCCAUUAAAAGUGAUCAAAUUGUGCAUGCCGAGUGCCAUUUAUGUGGUGUGCCACAGCCCUAAUCAGCCAUUCGAGCCGCGCAUGCGCAAGGAAUAUAUAAAAAACCGAACCCAUAUCGAAACUCCCGCGCACGUUUACCCUACCAAUUCAAUUGCCAAGGGCGUUAAAAAAUCAACCUCAACAUGACUUCUUCCCCGGGACUUUUGCAUAUGGAUCAUCCGCUCAAAGCUUUCUAUCAGUUUUUCCUCGACUUGAUAGUCUUCACCAUAAAAUCUAUAUUUUACAUACUCGAAUCGAUUUACUACAGCCUAUUGCCGCAGCGUUUUAGAAAGUUAAAGGAUAUCUCAGGUCAGGUGGUGCUCAUCACAGGAGGCGGCGGAGGGGUUGGUCGCUUGAUUGCGUUAAACUUUGCUCGACUUCAGGCCCGUAUCGUCAUUUGGGAUAUUAAUCAAGAAGCUAUUAAGACAGCAGUGGACCUCUUGGCCAAACAUGGUUACGACAACUGCAAAGGGUAUGUGGUUGACAUCUCAGAUCGUGAACAAAUCUACCAGCGGGCAAGUCAGGUCACCGAGGAAGUAGGUCCGGUUGAUAUACUAAUUAACAAUGCUGGAAUUGUUUGCUGCAAACCAUUCUGGGAACUUCAUGAUCGGGUCAUCCAGAAUACAUACAACAUCAACAUCAUCUCGCACUACUGGACCGUAAAAGCGUUUCUUCCGCACAUGAUGAGGAAUAAUCGUGGUCAUAUUGUGACCGUGGGUUCAGUAACUGGAAUGUUGGGCACCUACGGUUGCAGUGACUACGCUGCCACCAAAUACGCCUGCAUCGGUUUCCACGAGAGCUUGCUCACGGAUCUGAAAGCCCAUGGCUAUGAUCAAAUCCAGAUGAGCUUGAUAUGCCCGUAUUAUAUAAAUACCGGCAUGUUUUCGGGGGUUCGCCCCCGGAUGAUGCCCAUGCUGGAGCCACAGUAUGUGGCGGAUCGCAUCGAAAACGCUGUCCGCUGUAACGAGGUGUGGUGCGUCCUACCAAACUCCAUUCGCCUGCUAACUCCUCUUAAAUGUCUUUUGCCCGCCAAAAUGUGCUGGGAGCUGAUGUCACGAGUCAUUCGUGGUCCAGAGUCUAUGAUGAUGUUCCAAGGUCGUGGACGUGUGGCAGCUGGUUAGACUCCGGAAGGAAACCAGGAGAAUCACAUCCUUUUAGCUUAAGUUAAUUUCAAGAGGCGUUUAUCUAUAAUAUUAAAAUAAAAUAAUAUACUUAAUUAAUAA